UCGACUUAAUUGUUAAUGUAUUAACAUUCGAAAAUGUAAUGAAAUUCAGCGGUAAUAACGAUGAAUAUAUAAAUCAAUUUAUUGUUCCUGAAAGUACACAUGAGCAUGUAGAUGUGCUGAAAUAUAUGUUUUAUAUUGACGAGAUUAAAUGCUUGUUUACACAAUCUCCACGAGGAAUUGAUCGCAAAUUAAUCGAAAAAUAUUGCAAUAUAGAAAUGUCUCACUAUGAAAAGCUAUCUUCGAUACAAAAUGAGUUGGACAUGUGUAUAGUGAAACCUGAAAGAGAACAGCUUUUGGAAGAAACUUGUACUUUCAUAGCACAACGUAUUCAACCUCGAAAGGAUGUAUGUUACACGAAUGUAAGUGCAUCAUUGGAUACAAUCGCACAAGAAGUGCGGAAUCGUCUCAGAGAGAAGCAUCCGAACCAUUCGAUAUUCUCCACGUCUGAAAAAACUUUUUCCUAUUGGAAAAGAAUAUAUAUUUGGCACUUUGAAAUUAUGUAA